UCCCCCCGGCCGUACACUUCCGUUUGCGAGCGGGAAGGCGGUGGCGGCGGCUGCCUGAGUCCCCGGGCGAGUUCAUACUUGCAGGUUUUCAAGAUGUCUGGCCAGAGAAAAUGCCCUGAUUGUGGCUCCUCUGAAAUUGUGGAGGAUGCACAUUAUGCUCAGAACCAACUGGUGUGUGCUGACUGUGGGUUUAUCCUCACCGAGGGGCUCUUGACAACCACUUUCCAAGAUGAAGAACAUUUACAAGAAGUGACGUAUUCACGGAGUACCGGCCAGAAUGAGCAGCUGAGCCGCUGUAAGCUACGAGGGAUCAAGCGUGUCCAGGAUCUCUGCAAAGUCCUCUAUCUCCCAGCUGUGUUUGAAGAGACAGCCCUGUCCUAUUUCCAGCGAGCAAUUGAACACCCCUCCUUCCACUUAGUCAGCUUGGAGAAGAAGGAGAUUCUGGUAGGCUGCUGUGUCUUUGUGACCUGCCGGCAGCACAACUGGCCCCUGACCAUGGGUACUAUCUGCUCUCUGCUCUACGCAGACAAGGAGUUGUUUGCCAGCGUCUAUCUAUGCGUCCUGAAAGAGCUUGAACUGGAUGUGCCAGCCCUGAGCCUGACGGAUCUGGUGAAAACACACCUUAACAGUUUCAAGCUGUUCCAGAGUUCAGCCAGCGUCCCUGCUAAAUUUGCUGAGGACAAGGAAAAGAUGGUUGCCCGAACAAUCCAGAUUGUGGAGCUAGCCAGUGAGACGUGGCUGGUGACAGGCCGGCAUCCCAUUCCCAUUGUCACUGCUGCGGCCUACCUUGCGUGGCAGUCACUGCAACCUGUGGGGCGCCUGACAUGCACCUUCCCUCACUUCUGUAAGCUGGCAGGCACAGACCUACCCCCACCGGCCCACCUGAGGCUGAAGGAGCUUAACGACAUCCUCCUGAGAAUGGCCUCCCAGCUGGCCUGGCUGCGCGUGCUCAACGUGGACAAAAAGACUGUGGUCAAACACAUCGGGGACCUGCUCCAGCACCGACACUUCCUGCUGAGAAGCUCCUUUAGCUCAGGAGACACUGAGGAUCAAAGUGCCACACCAGCAGGCAAUGGCUCUGAGAGUUCACCGCAAGCUGCAGGGUGCUCGGCCCAAGCUGAGGGCUGCCAGCCUGGGGGCAAACAGAAAUGCAGCAGUGUACGGAGGCCUUUGCUGCCACCAUGCCUUAUAAACCCCAGGAAGAGACUUCGAACAGCAGCCCUGAGCCCUUCGGACCAGGCUAUCACUGGAGACGAGGCCAUUUCGGACAGCGAAAUAGAGCAAUAUCUGCGGAGCCAGGAGGAGAUGCAGGAGUUCAGAAAGGCCCAGGCCUGGCACUGAACUGAGCUCCCAAGAGCAACAUGGACAAAGGCACUAAGAACUAGCCACCUGAAGCAAAGGUAUGAAUUCUACAGCACAGCUGUCUGUGGCACUGCUAGCGGACGUGCGUCCCACUGGAGAAAUAGGAUAAUGGGGCCUCUUAAGCAUUGCAUGCUAUGGGGAGGAGUUGUAAGUAAAUGACAAUGUGCUCUCCUAGUUCUGCUGGGCCAGAAAAUUAAAAUACCAGAAUGACUUCCUAACUGAGACUUUCCUAGGGAAACUGUUUUUAGUGUGUUAGAAAUAAUCAUCACAGUGACCAGAAAUGCCUUCAGGAUGUUCUCUUACCAAUUUACAGUUAGUCAUUUUGUUGAAAUCCAGAUGUCCUGGUGCAGCCCUUACAAGUGAGUUUAACUUGUCUAUGUACUGAUCAAAGGUGGUGGCAGUAGCAUGGGUAAGUAAUUCUAUUGUGACUGUCAAUAGAAACAUUUAGAUUUCUUGCUGUUGUAUCUGGGCAUGACAGUUCCAGCUUGGCAAAAAGGCUGUUGAUCUGUGUGGUUUUGGUUACGACUAAUUGCUUUGCAUUUCCUGUCCUAAAUUGUAGGAUUAUUUGGAUGAGGAGGGCCCUUGAAUAGGUCAGCCAGUUCAUUUCUCAGGGCUGCUCCGUGGCGCACAAGCCUUCUAUUAAUUAUAGAGCAAUAUCAGGGUUAUGCAUUUAUCUUUGGCGAUAUGGAGGAGGAAAGAGUACUUUUUUCGUGUCUAAAACAGAGUAACACCUGGUGAAAACUCCGUGUUCCAAGCUUGCUGUUUGGCACGUGGUUCAUUUGAGUUCCUUUCCAUGAAAUGUGACCCUGCCAUGUUGUUUCACUAGAGCUCAACUGCAUUGUUUGUGAUUUAGUAGAACGUCCACUUUCAUUUGCUGUUAAGGGUUUUUUCAAAAUGUAGUGCCUGUUUCCCUUGGUGAGCAAUAUGAACGCCCUGUGUUUUAGACCAUGUGUGGGCAUCACGCUACAAGAUCUGUCUUGGGGCCACUACAGAUAGUGGGUGGGUUGGAUUGGAUAGGAUAAGAGAGACAUCCUUAAUAAUACUGUUGGGAAUCUAGCGUUGCCCUCUGCCUAGUAAGGAAAACAGUUCUGACCUUGGCUGUUAAAUGUAUUAUGUGAAGCUGCUGGAAUUUUGAAUCCUUUCUUUGUAUGAUUAUGGCACCAGUUGUUGAUAUCUAAGUACAGCCAAAUUCAAUAAAAGAAAUGACCUU